GGGAAACUUAGACAUAAGCAAGCAGGUUUGACUUGAAUGAAUGCUGUCGAGUUAGAUCUGAAAGGAAACUAAGUCCAUUGUUUCUUUUCUUCUUUUCCUUGCCUCUAACCGCAGCCACAGCACUUGAAAUUCUACACUAUAUAUAAUAAACAAACAUGUCAAAAUAGAAACAAACAGAGAGAGAAGCCACAAUGAGAGUUUGGCCUGUACUUCUCAUCUUGCUGUUGCAGCUUGUUGAACCCUCACAUGGCCAGACAAAGAGCCAACAGAACAACACAGGGUUCCAGUGCAGUGGCAGAAGCUAUCCAUGCCAGGCCUAUGCUUUCUACAGAGCUCAGAGUCAGUUUCUUGACCUAGCUUCCAUUGGAGACCUCUUCCAAGUCAGCCGUCUCAUGAUUGCAAACCCAAGCAACAUAUCCUCUGAUUCAGUUUCCUCUCCUCUAAUUCAAAACCAGCAACUCUUUAUUCCCUUAACAUGUUCCUGCAACUCCGUCAACACCACCUUUGGUUCCAUGUCUUAUGCUAACAUCUCCUAUACCAUCAAACCCAACGAUACCUUCUUCUUAGUCUCCACCAUCAAGUUUGAGAACCUCACUACCUACCCUUCUGUUGAGGUUGUUAACCCAAACCUUGUAGCAACCAACCUCCAAAUUGGGGACAAUGCUAUAUUCCCUGUCUUCUGCAAGUGCCCAGACAAGAACACAACUGUGUCCAACACAAGAGCCAAUUACAUGAUCUCCUAUGUUGUCCAACCGUCCGACAACCUAUCUUCGAUUGCUUCCAGGUUUGGAUCUCAGCAGAAGGCCAUCACUGAUGUCAACGGGAACAAAUUCAACGUCUAUGAUACCAUAUUCGUCCCGGUGACGAAGCUGCCGGUUCUAUCACAGCCGAAUACAAGUACUGCUGCUGCUCCUUCUCCUACUCCGGCCGGCAGCUCCGAUGAUAGGACAGGCACCGUGAGAGGGCUGGCAAUUGGAUUGGGGAUUGCUGGUUUGCUGCUGAUGGUGGUGUGUGCGGUGUGGUUGUAUAGGGAGAGUGUGUUGAAGGGCAGGAUGUGGGCGGGCAGGGACGAGGAGGAGCAGAGGCAGAAGGAAGGCAGGGUGUUUUCGGGAGGGAGAGAUGGGAAAGUGAGUAAACCGAUGGAUGUGAAGCUGAUGGCCAAUGUGUCUGACUGCUUGGACAAGUACAGAGUCUUUGGAAUUGAGGAACUUGUAGAAGCCACUGAUGCCUUCAGUGACAGUUGCCUCAUUCAAGGUUCUGUUUACAAAGGUACUAUUGAUGGAGAAACCUAUGCAAUCAAGAAGAUGAAGUGGAAUGCCUAUGAGGAGCUCAAGAUCUUACAGAAGGUAAACCAUGGGAAUCUGGUGAAGUUAGAAGGAUUUUGCAUAGACUCUGAAGAAGGGAAUUGCUAUCUAGUUUAUGAGUACGUGGAGAAUGGAUCUUUGAACUGGUGGCUGCACGAAGAGGAAGGGAAGAAUAAGGAGAAGCUAAACUGGAAGACAAGGGUGAGAAUAGGCAUAGACAUAGCAAAUGGUCUUCAAUACAUCCACGAGCACACAAGGCCAAGAGUAGUGCACAAAGACAUAAAGAGCAGCAACAUUCUGUUGGACUCAAACAUGAGAGCCAAGAUUGCCAACUUCGGCCUUGCCAAGUCAGGAAUGAACGCAAUUACAAUGCACAUUGUGGGAACUCAGGGCUACAUUGCUCCUGAGUAUCUGGCCGAUGGCGUCGUCUCCACCAAGAUGGAUGUCUUCUCUUUCGGGGUGGUGCUCCUGGAGCUCAUCUCUGGAAGGGAAGCCAUCGACGAGGAGGGGAAUCUACUGUGGAUGAGUGCUAUGAAGACCUUUGAAGGGGUAAGUAGUGAUGAAGAGAAGGGUAGGAGGGUGAGGGAGUGGAUGGACAAGGCAAUGUUGAGGGACACAAUCUCUAUGGAUAGUUUGUUGGGAGUUUUGGGGAUUGCUAUUGCUUGUUUGCAUAAGGAGCCUUCAAAGAGGCCUAGCAUAGUGGAUGUUGUCUAUGCUCUCUGCAAGAGUGAUGAUGCAGGGUUUGAAACCUCUGAGGAUGGGAUUGGAUCCCCAAAGGUCACUGCUAGGUGAAUCAAAUCAAACUCUCUCCCUUCAACUACAACUGUAGCUUAACUUCAGAGGGAGUUUAUGUAAAUUAAGUAGGGGUGCUGUUAGUUUUACAAUUCUGUUAUGCAAUUUAUGUAUUAAUUUCCAAAUUUUGUAUCAUGAAAUUAGCCCCUAAAUCAAAAUAAAAUCACAAAUUAUUAUAGUCA